GGACCGCCCCUCUACACUACUCUCUUGGGGAACGUCGGGAGCGGGCUACAGGGCUAGAGAGGCCGGAAGUGCGGCGAGCCUGGGGCCGCGCUGGCCGCGGGGGCGGUGGGAAACCUCUAUCUCCCUUCGGUCUUUUCCUCGCGGCCCGGAGAGGAGGCCCCAGAGGAGCUUGCGAUGGAUGAAGAGGCAGUGCAAAAGCCCGCCGGCCCACCCACAAGGAAGAAAUUCCUCAUUCCUAUGGACGAGGGUGUGGUCCCUCCUCCUGGGGCCAAGCCUUUAUUCAGAUCCACACGGAGCCUGCCCACCGUGGAGACCUCACCCCCGCCAGGCCCUCAGACCUACGCUGAGUACGCCCUCUCUGGACCUCCAGGCAGGGCUGAAGCCACACGCCCUGUGGGGCCAGAACCCCUGGCAGGAGAGGCCCCCAAACCAGGAGCAAAAUCCAACAGCAUCAUUGUGAGCCCCCGGCAGAGGGGCAACCCAGUGCUGAGGUUCGUGCGCAACGUGCCCUGGGAGUUCGGGGACGUGCUCCCCGACUACGUGCUGGGCCAGAGCACCUGUGCCCUCUUCCUCAGCCUCCGCUACCACAACCUCCACCCAGACUACAUCCACCAGCGGCUGCAGAGCCUAGGGAAGAACUAUGCCCUGCGGGUCCUGCUCGUCCAGGUGGACGUGAAAGAUCCUCAGCAGGCCCUCAAGGAGCUGGCUAAGAUGUGUGUCCUGGCCGACUGCACCCUGAUCCUGGCCUGGAGCCCCGAGGAGGCCGGGCGGUACCUGGAGACCUACAAGGCCUACGAGCAGAAGCCAGCCGAUCUCCUGAUGGAGAAACUGGAGCAGGACUUUGUUUCCCGGGUGACUGAAUGUCUGACCACCGUCAAAUCAGUCAACAAAACGGACAGUCAGACCCUCCUGACUACUUUUGGGUCUCUGGAACAGCUCAUCGCUGCAUCCCGGGAAGAUCUGUCUUUGUGCCCAGGCCUGGGACCCCAGAAGGCCCGAAGGCUGUUUGAUGUCUUCCACGAGCCCUUCUUGAAAGUGCCCCACUGACCCCAGAUGCCAAGGAGGUCCUCGGUGUAAUAAUAAAGCACUUUUUUUUCUGGC